AUGUCGUUAGUAAUCGAACCCGAGCCACACUCAGGACAUAGGAUUGUCUAUCUGCCACAUCACGGCGUAAUUAAGGAAGACAGCUCAAGCACGAAGCUACGCGCAGUCUUCGACGCAUCGAGCAAAACCAGUUCCGGUCAAUCCCUCAAUGAUAUCCUCCGCGUAGGACCCACGAUCCAAGGCAGUCUGCUAGAAAUUGUUGUACGAUUUCGAUUUUUUAGAGUAGCGCUAACUGCAGAUAUACAAAAAAUGUACCGUCAGGUGUUAGUACAUCCCGAUGAUAGGGAUUAUCAGAGAAUAUUGUGGAGAUUCGAUCCAACCCAACCAGUGGAGGAAUUUCGUCUCAAUACCGUUACGUACGGCGAAGCGAGUUCAGCGUUUCUAGCGAUCAAUUGUAUUUACAAACUAGCGAAGGAAGCGAGACAAGAUUUUCCAAUGGCCUCAAACGCAUUGCUCCAUCAGACUUACGUAGACGACAUAUUGGCGUGUGCGGACAGCGUCGAAGCUGCUAGGCUUCUGCAGAAGCAACUGACCACCGUGUUGUCGGCCGGAGGAUUCAAGAUUCAUAAGUGGUGUUCCGAUCGUGAGGAAGCCCUGGAGGGGUUGCCCCCACAUUUGAGAGAGAGCGCAUCUAAACUCGGUAGCGACGCCAACGAUACGAUUAAGACACUCGGCAUCAAGUGGAGCCCCAAGGUCGAUCAAUUUCAAUUCUUCGUACAAGGAGCAGAAGCUGCAAAAACGAAGCGUGAAGUUUUGUCAGCCAUCAGCAGGAUAUUCGAUCCGCUCGGUCUCAUAGGCCCCAUAUUGACGACAGCCAAGUUAAUCAUGCAAGAAACAUGGCGAAGUGGAGGACAAUGGGAUGAGUCCUUGCCAAUCUUACUCGCAAAAAAAUGGGAACAAUUUCGUAGAGAUUUGAACGACGUCCAGAUGAUUUCAAUCCCAAGAAGAGUUAUUCCAAGCAAAAAUACUUCGAAAAUAUAUUUGCACGGAUUUUGUGACGCGUCGGCAGGCGCAUGCGGAGCUUGCUUAUAUGUGCAAGCGGAAGAUGAACAAGGCACAUACACCUCGAGAUUGCUGUGUUCGAAAUCGCGAAUAGCUCCAAUAAAGCCGAUUUCCAUACCCAGAUUGGAAUUAUGCAGCGCGGUUUUACUCGCUCGUUUAAUCGACAGCGUCCGAAGGAAUUUGAAGGUACACAUUGACGGCAUACUAGCAUGGUCGGAUUCUCAAGUUACAUUGUGUUGGAUUCGUGGAGACGUAACGAGGUGGAAACCCUUCGUAGCCAACCGCGUAUCGGAGAUCAUCGAAUUGUUAUCAGCCAACCGUUGGAACUACGUGAAGGGACCGAAAAUCCCGCUGACAUCAUUUCGCGAGGCGCUACUUUACGGCAAUUAA